GGUGUUGAGUGUUCGCGCGUGUUUUCGACUCGAGAAAGCAAAAUGGCGGGAAGGUUGUAGCCUUAGGGGGAUUUUAGGGUCCAAUACUCCAUUUCAACCACAAAUGGGCGGCGGAAGUGCGUCUAUGGAGACCGGAACCAUCAAUCUAGCCGGCGUCGCAGUCGAUCUCACCGAUCAGAUCCAUCAGCUGCCUAGCUGCAUCAAGUACGACGGACCAGCCCCUGUUUCUAGCUACUUCAAACCCAAAUCCACCGAAAUUGAGGUCGAUGGUCUUAAUGUGAAAGAGGCUUGCUUCAGGGGAAGAAAGUUGCUAGGCACAACCUUUCCUCUUCCUGAUGGUUAUUCAGGAUUUGUGAUAGGAAAAAAGAAAGCCUCAGGGAAGAGAAAAGCUUCUUCUAAUGGCGAUGCAGAGAUGACAACUUCUUGGCAGAUGAAUGCAAAGUUUGAAAACAUAACUUUAUGGAAUCACGAUAAUCGUCCAUCAAAAGAAGAUGCUUUUUUGCGUGCUUUUCAUUGGCUUGAUGUUGCAAAAGCAUUGCAUAAACCAGUAACAAGUGAAGAAAUGGAGUCAAAAUCUAACCUUUGAGCUACUGCAACAGACUGAGCUAAAAGACAAUCUUCUAUAUGUAUCUUUUUUACUGAGUUCACUAGUUAAUUAAAACUUUGUAUUGUAGCAUUGUAUUUUAAUUUGUUGUUACUAUAAAUUUGUAUUUUUUUUUUAAAUUAUAUUCUAAUUAGUGCAUUGUAAUUUGG